GGAGCGUCCCCAGAACGAGCAGUGGCCUUAGAGGAUGUAGCGUCUCAGUCAUCUCUUGGACAACAGGAGACUUUUUUACCUUCUCCAGAAGAAGCGACUUUCGAAUAUCACCCAGAUUCAGCCUUCCUCGACCUAGCACGAAAGCGCGGGUUCUUCAACAACAAUGUGGGCGACCAAGUAGGGACCGAGGUUCUGCGUGUGGUGAACAGAACGCGGAGUCUCUCGCCAUUAUCUACAAGCAGGAGUGCUGUUGGUACAACUACGAAGAACACUGGAACAAGUGGUGCGAGAAGCGGCAGCUCCGGAUCUCGACCUUCGUCUACUAGAGGACAAACUACCACCCCAGCAAAAGUCAAAAGGAAAAGUGCAGCUGCUAAUACACGAAAAGCUGGAACUUCUACAGUGGAGGAGAGUGUAGAUGAUGAGACCUCCGUAGAGGUCGCUGAAGAAGACCUCUUGAUGGUGGCCUGUGUACAAACCGGAUUGAUGUUCGAAGUCCAGUUGUAU